GGCCCGGGACCCGUGCGCGCGACCCCCGCCCCGCCCGAGCAGGCGCCCCCAUGGCCCGACCCCACUGACUUGCCCUCGGCCAUGCUCCCGAGGCCCCUGCGGCUGCUUCUGGACACGAGCCCCCCCGGGGGAGUAGUGCUGAGCAGCUUCCGGAGCCGAGACCCCGAAGAGGGUGGGGAUCCCGGUGGCCGGGCCGUGGGCGGGGGGCAGGAGGAAGAGGAGGAGGAAGAAGAAGAAGAGGCACCCGUGUCUGUCUGGGAUGAGGAGGAGGAUGGCGCCACCUUUACUGUCACAAGCCGCCAGUACCGGCCUCUCGAUCCCUUGGCUCCCACACCUCCCCCACGGUCCUCCCGACGGCUCCGCGCUGGCACGCUGGAGGCCCUGGUCAGAUACCUGCUGGAUGCCCGGACAUCAGGGGCUGACCUGACCUUCACUUCAGCGUUCCUGGCCACCCACCGGGCCUUCACCUCCACACCUGCCCUGCUUGGGCUUGUGACUGACAGGCUGGAAGCUCUGGAACGUCAACCUCCUGCCGAGCUAGAGAGGACAACAGGGGUAGCCAUCUCUGUGCUGUCAACCUGGCUGACCUCUCACCCUGAGGAUUUUGGCUCUGAGGUCAAGGGUCAGCUUGACCGGCUUGAGAGCUUCUUUCUUCGGACAGGGUAUGCAGCAAGGGUGGGUGUUGGGGAGGGCAGCGCUGACCUCAUCCGCAACCUCCGGGCCCGCCUAGACCCCCAGGCCCCCGACCUUCCUAAGCCCCUGGCCCUCCCCGGCGACCCCCCUGCUGACCCCACGGAUGUCCUGGUGUUCCUCGCUGACCACUUGGCCGAACAGCUGACCCUGCUAGAUGCGGAGCUGUUUCUCAAUCUGGUCCCCUCCCAGUGCUUGGGAGGCCUGUGGGGUCACAGAGACCGGCCAGGACAUUCCCACCUCUGCCCAUCUGUCCGAGCUACUGUCACACAGUUCAACAAGGUGGCCGGGGCAGUGGUCAGCUCUGUCUUGGGGGCCAUCCCAACUGGAGAAGGGCCUGGGGAAGUAACUAUCCGGCCACUCCGACCCCCACAGAGGGCCCGGCUCCUGGAGAAAUGGAUACGUGUGGCAGAGGAGUGUCGCCUGCUGCGGAACUUUUCUUCCGUCUAUGCUGUGGUGUCAGCCCUGCAGUCCAGCCCCAUCCACAGGCUCCGGGCCGCCUGGGCAGAAGCAGCCAGGGAUAGCCUUAGAGUCUUUGCCAGCCUAUGCCAGAUUUUCUCAGAGGAGGAUAACUAUUCCCAGAGCCGAGAGCUUCUCAUGCAGGAAGUGAAGGUGCAGCCCCCUGUGGAUCUGCACUCCAAAAAGGCCCCAAGAUCUGGCUUUCGGGGUGGGGGUGUGGUUCCGUACCUCGGAACCUUCCUGAAGGACCUGGUGAUGCUGGAUGCAGCUUCCAAAGACGAGCUGGAGAAUGGCUACAUCAACUUUGAUAAGCGGAGGAAGGAAUUUGCUGUCCUUUCUGAGUUGCUGCGGCUCCAGAGUGAAUGUCGUGGCUAUGACCUCCGACCAGACCCCGAUAUCCAGCAAUGGCUUCAGGGGCUCCGGCCGCUGACUGAGGCUCAGAGUCAUCGUGUGUCCUGUGAGGUGGAGCCACCUGGUUCAAGUGACUCUCCUGCCCCAAGGAUGCUUCGGCCAACACUGGUCAUCUCGCAGUGGACAGAGGUUUUGGGCUCUGUUGGGGGCCCCACCCCCCUUGUGUCCUGGGACAGGCCCAGUGGGGGGGACGAGGCAUCUGGAAGCCCUGCUCCUCUGCUGACCCAGCUGGCCCAGCACAUGAAGUGGCCAUCCGUCUCAUCUCUGGACUCCGCCCUGGAAGGCAGCCCCUCUCUGCACAGUCCUGUUGACUCCAGCCAUCUGUCUCCCCCAGCCUCCUCUCCUCGGUUUUCUCGAGGUCACCGCCGCUCAGCCUCCUGUGGCUCCCCACUGAGUGGGGCCACAGAUGGGACCUCCAGGGGGACUGGGAGCGGAGGUCCUGGGCCAGGGGCCUCAGACUGCCGAAUCAUCCGAGUCCAGAUGGAACUGGGGGAAGAUGGCAGUGUCUACAAGAGCAUCUUGGUGACAAGCCAGGACAAGGCUCCAAGUGUUAUCAGUCGUGUCCUUAAGAAAAACAAUCGUGAUUCUGCAGUGGCUUCUGAGUUUGAGCUGGUGCAGCUGCUACCAGGAGAGCGAGAGUUGACCAUCCCUCCCUCUGCUAAUGUUUUCUACGCCAUGGAUGGUGCAUCCCACGAUUUCCUCCUGCGACAGCGGAGGAGGUCCUCUGCUGCCACACCAGCUGCCGCCAGCGGCCCCUCUGCCUCAGGAACUCCCCCUAGUGAGGGAGGAGGGGGCUCCUUUCCCAGAAUCAAGGCCACCGGGAGAAAGAUUGCACGGGCAUUGUUCUGAGGAGGAAGCAUGUUGGCUUGCAGAAAUGAAGUUGUGUUGUUCACAUUCUGAACGUGGCUGGCCGUCAAUGGUGGCCAUUACAUUUCACUGCAACACGGCCAGCUACCCUGCGGCAGUGACUUGCCACUUGUUUACCAGAGCACUGAGGAAUCCAGCUGUGUGGGAGCCGACAAUCAGAUCAGCAGGUUAUCCCACCUGGCUGCCCGUGUAUUGCAUCUCACCUCUGGUGAACAUGGCACACAGCAAGUGCCAGAAAAACGUACCAGUUUCUGGUUCCUGCCACAUCCUAGCAUGUGAAGGGCCAAGGAAAGGCCUAGAGUAGGUGUCAGGGAAGGAAAGGCCUAGAGGCUCCGAGCCCCGGGCAGAGGGGACUGAGAAGUAGGUCCUGCUGGGGGUUUCUUUCCUCGCUGUGGGAGUGCCUGUCACUGUGACAACACUAAGACAAUAAACCAAAACACUACCUGGA